GGUGAGGCUAUUCAAAGAGACACCAGUCGCGGAGGGAAAGACGCCAGGAGUCUUUUACUGCUAACUUCUUUGAGAUUAGAAAUCACCUGUUUCAGCACCACGGUCAGCGCUCCAAGAGGGGCCACACGCUCAUCCACAACAACCUGAGCACAUGUUUAAGGCGAUGUUACAUAGGAGUGCCUCUCAGCUGCUGUUCCUCGUAGUGAUCUGCAGUGUCUUUUACACGCGGACCCUCAGUUUGCCGCUCGCUUCUACACGAGCCAGUCGACACGCAGACGGUCUGUUUACCAGCGGCUACAGCAAACUGCUGGGCCAACUGUCAGCCAGACGCUACCUGGAAUCUUUGAUUGGCAAACGUGUCAGUGAUGAUCUGGUGGAAGGACAGAUGCCAGUUAAGCGUCACUCUGAUGCAAUAUUCACAGAUAACUACAGCCGUUUCCGCAAGCAAAUGGCCGUAAAAAAAUACCUGAACUCUGUCUUAACAGGAAAGCGUAGCCUAGAAGAUCCUGCCGGUGAGCAAGAGGAUUCCACUGGAGGAGAAACCUCCUACCGGGAGAGCUAUGACGAUAUAACUGUAGAUGAGCUUCUUAAUCAUAUACCACUGCCACUCUGAAGACCACUUGAUAAGAAAACAUGCUUAUCAGUGACUGUAAUAGACAUUCCAUAUACAAAGUCUAGUAAAGGAUAGCAGCAUUUUAUUUUGAACUUAUGUUUCUCAACAUUAAAAAAUAUGUGAAAUGUGGUUACUUAUAAAGUAAAGGUUUACAUUGUAUAUAAUAAGUACACUUUAAGAGAUGGUGACCUUGAAGGUGUAUGUGUAGUGAGUUCUGGCCCAAAAACAGACAUCUACAUUCUCUGUAAUUUCAUUAAUAAAUGGAUUGAAAGAAUCAUGGACUGGAAUCUUACAAUCAGAGAACAAGCAUUUGGACCCGAAGACCACAAGUGGAGCAUCAACUAGAUCCCAGCAGUAUUGCAUUAGGUUGGAGCAAUGAGCGAUUAUGUAAUAUGGUCUGAUCUCAAUGAAUUUUGUAAAUCAGAAUAAUUUUAUAAGAAUCUAUUGCUGUUGCUUCUCUUUUGGUUCUCAAGAAAAGGGAAUUUAAGGGGCUGGGAGGGACUGGGGUAUUGGAGAAUCUUUAUUUUUGCCAUUCAAUGAUAAUAAAACUUUGAAGAGCCAUUCAAAUAUGGGCUGUGUGUAUUGUUAGUGAAUUUGGUUACAACCCACUGGCUUUUAGUACAUUAUUUUGGCUGGCAAAUGCCUCAUGAGUUGACAAAUGGCUAUAUCAUUGAUCAUAAACCAGUGAAUUAUAUACAUCAUUAAGCAAAUCUGAGACUUUAGUUAGCUGUAAGUUUCAAUGGAAGUGUAAUGGAUCAAUUUUUGCCACUUGAGAUGAAUAAAAAAAUUCUAGAAGGAAAUACACACACACACAUACACACACACACAAAAUAUACACAAAGGUAAUGGAAAAAAUAGCUGAUGUUGUUUUGUUCCCCUCAGAGAAAAAAUACAUGCAAUUCAAUACAAAGUUAUCCAGACUAAUUAUACCUUUAUUAUAACCUAUGAUGAAACAUAUCUAUCCUGUUAGAAUUGGUUUGUGUCUUGCUGGCCGUGCCCUCACCAGCACAAGGCAUGAGGUUCACCGAGUAUUUGAUGUCUGUGAAAAUGACUCACCAGUUUUCAAUGCAGAUGAAAACCUAUGUGAGAUUUUAUACCAGUGUAUGAGGCAGAACUCUCUAUAGCCAUCGUCAACACACCAACUGAGAGAGUUACAUGUUAAAGCCUAUGCUCAGAUUACUGUCUGUGUGGAGUUUCUUAUGUUCUCUUAUUCAUUUGUUAAUUAAGAUGUUGGAGUACUGAUUAAAAGGUCUUGAGUUCAAAUCCCAGAAUUGCCAAGCUGACACUGUAUGGCCUUUAAGCCUUAACUGUUGUAUAAAUGACUCAACAACUGUAUAUAUGAGAUAAAUAGUUAGCUGCUAAAUGCACAAAUAAAAAAAAUUAAAUGAUU